AUGUCAUACACGCCCUACGAGCUCGCCCUCACUCUCCAAGGCCACUCUUCAGACGUCCGGCAUAUCCUCGCGCCGCAGGCCGGAGUCCCGCUCCUCCUCUCUGGCUCGCGCGAUGGGUCCGGUGUCCUCUGGGGUCCCAGCUCUCGUGAUCCCGGAGAAUGGGACAUGAAGCUGCAAGUGCAGGGUCCGGAGGGGAGGUAUAUCUCCUGCGUAGGGAUGAUACGGGCCAGCGGGGAAGCAUACCUUCUUUUGGGUUCAUCGAACGGGAUCCUCUCGACGUUCAUGCUUCCUUCAGCUACUUCGCCACCUCAGACGAGCGCGUCGCCAGAGCCUCACCAUGCGCUCAUAGAGCACAAGCAGAAUCUGUGUUGUAUGGACACGAGCAAGAAUGGGCUUAUAGCUACCGGAAGUUGGGACAAGUCGGUGAUCAUCUGGCGGGACUUCAAGACUGCGGCAAAGAUAGAAGCGCACGAGCAGGCGGUAUGGGCUGUCAAGUUUGUGGGCGAAGAUCGCGUUGUUACCGCUUCCGCGGAUGGCAAGAUCAAGCUGCACACUUUCGACCUUGCUGCCGGAAAAUCGACCGUGCUGCAAGAGUAUACGGGGCAUAAUCAGCCUGUCCGAGGUCUGAGCUUGCGGACGGACGGGAAGGGGUUCUGGAGUUCCGCGAAUGACAGUCUGGUCAACUUAUACUCUUUCGAUCGACCAUCACCCGAACAGUCCCUCUCCGGACACACCUCCUUCGUCUACUCCGUCACCGCCCUUCCAGACGGAUCAGGCGCGAUCUCUUCCGGCGAAGACGGCACGCUCCGCGUAUGGUCUAUGACGGAACUCCUCCAAACCAUUCCCCACCCCUCCACCUCCCUCUGGUCAAGUACCGUCGUCCCCUCCGCAUCCGGCUCGAGCCCCUAUAUCGCCUCGGCGUCGAACGACGGGAUCAUCCGGUUCUUCACGAGAGAGAAGGAGUUGAUGGCGCCCGAGACUGUAAGGGAGAAAUGGACGCAGGACAUCUCGCAGCGGCAGUUGGACAAGAGCCAAGUUGGGGACGUCAAGCAUUCGGAUUUGCCGGGAAUGGAGGCGCUGGGCCGGGAGGGCAAGAAGGACGGUCAGGUGAUCAUGAUCAAGAACAACGACAAGGUCGAGGCAUACCAAUGGUCCGCACCAACGACGACAUGGCAGCAGAUCGGUCAAGUGGUCGAUGCGGUCGGAUCGGGCCGGAGACAGCUAUACGAAGGGCAAGAAUAUGACUUUGUUUUCGACGUGGAUGUCAGUGAGGGGAUGCCUCCAUUGAAGUUGCCUUACAACGCAUCAGCAGAAAAUCCAUGGUCCGCCGCUCAAAAGUUCUUGACGAAACACGAUCUCCCCUCGUCGUACGCAGACCAAGUCGUCGAUUUCAUCCACAAGAACUCGGGUGGUGUGGAGCUGGGCACGGGAGGCGACAAGGAGACGUUUGUGGAUCCGUUCACGGGCGGAUCGAGGUAUACCGGUGGAGGGGUUUCUACGGGUGGUCGAGGUGGAGGUGGAGGCGGCAGUGGCGGAGGAGGGUUCGGAGGAGGGUUCGGAGGAGGUGCGGACCCAUAUACCGGUGCAACAGCAGCUGACCUACUAGGCGGCUCAUCGUACUCAUCCACCCCUUCCGCGCCCUCCAAACCUAAAGGUGUACUGCCCGUGACUACCUUCCAGACGUUCAAGACUAUGAAUAUCACCGCGGCAAAGUCCAAGAUUGCUUCGAUCAACGCGGACCUCAAGCUUCUCUCCGCAGACAACGAGGCGGUGUUGGGCCGGGUGUACACGUUCUUGGGACUACCGGCGGGCCAGCUCCCUUCGACCGAGGCGGAGAGCGGAGGAGAGGCCGCGGAGGGGUUGAUGCGGAUCGUGCAGAGCUGGCCGGAAGCGCAGAGAUUCCCUCUCAUCGAUCUCGCGCGGUGCCUAGCCGCCCUCUCCCCAUCUUUCGCUGCAACUCCCUCGCUCGCGACAGACUUCCUCACCUUGGCCAACUGGGGUCAAGCCCCCUCGCCCGCCGAGACGAAAGCGAGGGAGACCAACACCCUUCUUGCUUUGCGCGGUAUCUCCAAUUUAUUCAGUACGAAGCCAGGUCGGGCCUCGGUGGUCAGCGAUGCGAAGGCGGUAUUUGCUGGAAUGGGGCAGGGGAGGUGGGAAAGCGGGGUUGGGGGCGGGAAGUGGAAAGUGGCCGCGGCAACUGUUGCGCUCAACUAUUCGAUCUUGGGCGUCAAAGGGGAACUGCCGGCGGAGCAUGGGCAGGCGCUGUUAGAUCUGAUUCUGAUUAUGCAGGUUCUGCAGAAUGAGCAGACCGAUAAUGAGACGAUUUACCGCGCAGGUAUCGCUCUCGGCAAUGUACUCGUGGCCCGAUCUUUGCCUGGAAGUCUUCAAGUAGGCAGGGUACAAGUCGCAAAGGAUCUAGUCAGGGACCGAGCGGCCAAGUUGGGCGAGAAGCGGUUAGUCGAUCUAGCAAAGGAGAUCAGUGGGUUGGGGGUGUGA